AUGAGUAGCAUCGGAUAUGACCCCUACUAUAACACCUCGUCAUAUAGGCGCUGGUAUGUCGAGGCUUCCCCUCGUGUGGCGGUUACUAGAGGGAGGACCCACUCCAUCUACUCCUCCCAUGCCUCCCCGCUGUCCUCUUCCCGCCUGCAGUACUCCUCUCCAGGCCGAGUGCUGCUCUCCUCCUCCUCCGCAGCCUCUUCCGUGGAGCUGGAGCUCAGCCAGGCGGCCCAGAUCAGUUCUGAAUUUCGUGCCGUACGCAGCCAAGAGCGCAGCCAACUGCAGGAGCUCAACGACCGCUUUGCUGGCUUCAUUGAGAGAGUGCAUGACCUGGAGCAGCAGAACCGAGCUUUGGAGGCAGAGUUGCUGCUCCUGAGGCAGAGGCACAAUGAGCCAUCCCGUUUGAGAGCACUGUACGAGCAAGAGGCCCGCUCCCUGAGAGCAGCCAUGGACGAGGCCAGGGCAGAACAGCAGGCUGUCCUGGGCCAGAGAGAGCGACUGGAACAAACCAUGAGUGCCUUGCAGAGUCGAUAUGAGGAGGAAGUGCUGGCUCGUGAGGAGGCCGAGGGCAGGCUGAUGGAGAUCCGUCGGGAGGCCGACCAGGCUGCCUUAGCUAAGGCUGAGCUGGAGAAGAGCGUUGAAACUAUGCUGGAGGAGCUGGCCUUCCUCAAGAGGAUUCAUGAAGGUGAGCUGUCCGAGCUUCAGGCCCAAGUCCAGCUGGGCGUCCAGGUGGCUGUAGAGUCUGAGACUUCCACUCCGGAUCUCUCUGGGGCUCUAAGGGAUAUCCGGUCCCAGUAUGAGAGGCUCGCAGCAAGGAACAUGCAGGCAGCUGAGGAGUGGUUCAGAGGGAAGGUGGGCUCCCUAACUGAAACUGUGGCCCAGCACACUGAUGCCGUGAGAACCUCCAAGGACGAAGCAGGAGAGUACCGACGCCAGCUCCGGACCCGCCUGCUGGAAAUUGAUGCAUGCAGAGGCCUCAAUGAAUCCCUGGAGAAACAGCUGCAUGAGAUGGAGGACAAGCAGAGUGCUGAGAUAGGUGCAAUGCAGGACACCAUUGCAGAGUUGGAGAGCGAGCUGAGGGGCACUAAACAGGAGAUGGCCCACUACCUGAAGGAGUACCAGGAUCUUCUGAAUGUCAAAAUGGCCCUGGACAUCGAGAUUGCUGCAUACAGGAAGCUGCUGGAAGGAGAGGAGUCUCGCUUCAAUGUUGGAUUGGCUGGGGGAGUGUCCUCUUUGUACAGCCACAGCUUGUCAGCGCCCUCCUUCACCCGGCCCUUCCUCUCCAGCCUGAGCUCCGGCACCACCUACCUGAUGACAACACGCCUGCUCAGCUCCAGCGUCAGCACCACCGAGGGGAUCUUCUCUGCCAGCCACGCCCAUCAAGCGGAGGCCAGUCCACCCGGGGAAGAGGAGGAGGCGGCCAAGGAAGAUGUGACGGAGGAAGAGGAGGUAGAGAAGGAAGAGGAGGGAGGAGAGGAGAUGGAGGAGAAAAAAGAGGAAGAGGAGAAGGAGGAGGAAGAGGGAGCAGAGGAGGAAGGAGAUAAAGAGAAAGAAGAUGAAGAGGAGGAAAAGGAAGGAGGUGAAGAGGCUAAGGAGGAAGAGGAGGGUGGUGAUGAAGAGGAGCAAAAGGAAGAGGUGACAGAGGCUACUGAAGAGGAGGGGCAGAAAGAGGACAAAGGAGAGGGAGAGGAGGCUGAAGUCAAAGAAGAAGCACUUGAGGAGGAAAAAAUAGAAGGAGCCGAUGACAAAGAAAAAGAGGAGAAGGAAGAAGCAAAAAAGAGUGAAGAGAAAGAAGAUAAAGCAGGCGACAAAGAUGACAAAACUGCUCUGAAAACAGAUGACAAAGCUGAGGCCAAAAAGGAGAAAGAUGAAGAAAAAAUGGCCAAACCUGAAGCUGCAGAAGAAACGAGCACAAAGGAUAAGAAGUAAGCCAGUAGCCUCAGCAAAUUUCAGUCCAGACUGUCCAACUACGAACCACAGCUCGAUAACCAGUAGAGGCUUCAACGCUAUCCUUUCAAAUCUGCUUGUUAACAUGGUGCUUAUCAAAACAGUCCAAUAGCCAUUUACAGCAACAGAUCAAGGUUAACUGCUUGCCAAUAUCCAGAGUCGUACAUAAAGUUCUGCUUGCACAAUGUAAUACAGUAUGUGUAAUUGCUGAAUGCAAA